UGUUUGAGGAUGGUAUUUUAACGAAACCACUUUUGGGAGUGGCAUUCGAGCGAAACCCCGUUUUGACAAUGGCAAAAUGUCAAUUUUCUCCCAUCCCGCGAGCGAUUGCGGCUUCGUCGCUCGUCCUGCCGCUUCCGCCGCAUCCUGGUGAGCACAUCCUCCGCCACCGCUGCCUGCUCCGAUCCCCAUUCAUCGCGCGAGCGAGUACGGCUUCGUCGCUCGUCCUGCCGCUUCCGCCGCAUCCUGGUGAGCACAUCCUCCGCCACCGCCGCCUGCUCCGAUCCCCAUCCAUCGCGCGAGCGAGCGAGGGUCGCCGUCGCUCAUCCUGCUGCUUCCGCCGCAUCGACAAGAUGCCAAAUAGAGCCACGCAUUGGUGUUAUGCCUGCCGACGUCCAAUUCGUGUUAGUGGACAAGAUAUUACAUGCCCCAACUGCAAUGAUGGUUUUAUACAAGAAAUCAGUGAGAUAGGUGGUUCAUUGAACACUUAUGGUAUCUUUGACCCGAGCUUUGAUGAGCGUCGAGAUAGAAGUUUUGGAAUGGUGGAGGCUAUGUCUGACCUUAUGCGACAACGGAUGGCAGAAAUGGGCAGAAAUCGUGUGUUGGAUUUCCAUGGUACGAGAGGGGCAAGUUCCCAUCAAGGAAGGCAGCCAACUGUUAGACCAAUGCUCAUAUUUGGCAGCAAUGCACCUGAUCGUGUAAGCAGCAGUAGUGAAGAAGCAGAUAUACUCCUCAGGCAAGGCCGCAGAAUUGGCGCGGACCGUCCAAAUUUCAGUCGUUUCCUAGUCGGUCCCAGUCUUGAAGCUCUAUUCGAACAGCUGCUCCUGCAUAAUAACCGUCAAGGACCACCACCAGCUCCACAGUCUGCAAUUGACUCCAUGCCUGUGGUAAAGAUAAACCUCAGGCACCUUAGAGAUGAUCCUCACUGUCCAGUUUGCACAGACAAAUUUGAGGUUGGAACAGAGGCACGGGAGAUGCCAUGCAAGCAUCUGUACCAUGCUGAAUGCAUCAUUCCCUGGCUGGUUCAGCACAAUUCUUGUCCAGUUUGCCGCCAUCCACUGCCGUCAUCUUCCCACCGUUCAGGCAGCACCCGUUCAUCGUCAACCCACUCUAACGAAGCUAUUAGCCAUGGGGUUGCCAGAUCUGAUGCUGAUCCUGUUCCUGUUGCAAGAAGCGACGACAGCAGAAACCAUGAAAUGCACGGUUCUUUCUCGUUUCUCUGGCCAUUUGAUUCACCUACUCCUGAUUCCAGUUCCUACACGCACGAAGGAGGUGUUGGUGAGCCUACAGUUCAUGACGAUGCUGGCCAGAUGACCUAUUCUGAGUGGCAUUACGACUACUGAACUUCCUGCAGCAAGACCCCCCAACAUAUCAGUGUCCACUCCUCUUGGCUUCAACCUCUUAAAGAGGAGGUGGAUAAUUUAUGGGUGUCGUGUUGGGUGUGUGAGGCUUUCGCCUAGAACAAACCUUGUGUUGCAUGUGCCGUUCUAUCCCAUAUGCUGGGGCUGUGUAUAACUGUACAUCAACUAUUGAGCAAUGAGCUAUAUGCUGUACUGCCAGGGAUGCUAUGGUAAACUACAAGUGAAUAUGUGAUAUGUCUGAUCAUUCGUA